AUGGAGAGGUUCGACUUCGUGGAAGAUGCUUGGAGGCGGUGGAGAGGUUUAGGGUCAACGUACAUUCGGUGUCCAGCCGCGCUGUGGUGCGCAUGGCCAAGUUCGGAGGUCGGUAAGAAGUAUGAUGGUCGUCGUGCCGGACCGCUGUCGGAGUCUGUGCGGCGGGAGCCGCCGCUGGGGAGGGAGGUGGCGGAGAAGUUUAAGGAGAGGUUUCCCGACGUCAGUAUUAUUCAGGGAUACGGGUUGACAGAAUCGACCGGGGGAGUAGCGGCUCUAGACCGGAUUGUGUCCAACGCGGAGGCUAGGGUCGUGGACCCGUCGACAGGCGAGGCCCUGGGCCCUGGACAGCAAGGGGAGCUCUGGUUGAGGGCUCCAAUGAUCAUGAUGGGUUAUGUUGGUGAUGAACAAGCAACCACAUCAACUUUGACUUCAGAUGGUUGGCUCAAAACUGGUGAUCUUGGCUACUUCGAUCAAGAUGGAUUUCUCUUUAUUGUUGAUAGAUUGAAAGAGUUGAUAAAGUACAAGGCUUAUCAGGUCCCCCCUGCAGAACUAGAGCAAAUACUCCAAUCUCAUAAAGAUAUAGCUGACGCUGCUGUAAUUCCGUACCCAGACGAAGAAGCAGGUGAAAUACCCAUGGCAUUUGUUGUGAGGCAACCUGGCAGCACCAUCAAUGAAGGAAAAAUCAUGGACUAUGUUGCCAAGCAGGUUGCACCAUACAAGAAAAUUCGCCGGGUUGCUUUUAUCAGCUCAAUACCAAAAUCUGCUGCAGGGAAGAUCUUGAGAAGGGAACUCGUGCAGCAAGCUCUCUCUAAGCCAACGUCUAAAUUAUAAAAGGUGCAUAAUGUCUGAGAUACAUCUGUAGGCUAGAAUUGUUGAAUUUUGUAUACCUGAGAGAAUCAUGCAAGACAAUUAGCAUAACCCAUGCUAAAUUAAUUAUUCAUGGUGCAAAUUUGUAUAGAGACUUCCAAUAAGUAGGGAGGCCAGCCUCUGCUGGUUCUGUUUCUUUCUCUCAGGCCGUGGGUGAAAAAAGGACAUGAAUUGUUUUUGCAUUUGUCGAAAAUUAUGGAACCUGAGCAUAUGCUUAAGGAAUUUUGUAACUAGAAGAAGAUUUUUGUAGGAACAAUUUCAAAUUCAUGUGUGGAAUCUUUCAUUUA